AUGCCGGGUGUCACCCUCCCCCCAAAAGAGAACAACCUCUUCAAGAGGAUCUUGAAAUGCUAUGAACAAAAGCAGUAUAAAAAUGGGCUUAAAUUUUGUAAGAUGAUCUUGUCCAACCCAAAAUUUGCAGAACAUGGAGAAACAUUGGCAAUGAAAGGACUGACACUGAACUGCCUGGGAAAGAAAGAUGAAGCCUAUGAGUUUGUGCGAAAAGGACUACGCAAUGAUGUUAAAAGUCAUGUCUGUUGGCAUGUGUAUGGCCUUCUACAGCGGUCUGACAAGAAGUAUGAUGAAGCAAUCAAGUGUUAUAGAAAUGCACUUAAGCUGGACAAGGACAAUUUACAGAUACUCCGAGACCUCUCAUUAUUGCAGAUACAGAUGAGAGACUUGGAAGGGUAUCGGGAAACCAGAUAUCAACUCCUUCAGUUGCGACCAAUGCAGAGGGCAUCAUGGAUUGGCUAUGCCAUAGCAUAUCAUUUAUUGAAAGACUACGAAAUGGCCUUAAAAUUGCUUGAGGAAUUCAGGAAAACUCAGCAGGUACCUCCAAAUAAGAUUGACUAUGAAUAUAGUGAGCUAAUCCUCUACCAGAAUCAAGUAAUGAGGGAAGCCAACCUCUUUCAAGAGUCCCUGGAUCACAUUGAAGCCUAUGAGAAGCAAAUAUGUGACAAGCUUCUGGUAGAGGAGAUUAAAGGUGAAGUAUUGCUAAAUCUAGGAAGAUUAAAAGAAGCUGCAGAAGUCUACAGAGAACUUAUUGACCGUAAUCCUGAAAACUGGAAAUACUAUGAAAAUCUGGAGAAAGCAUUGAAACCUGAUACUGUUGAAGAACGACUUAAAAUCUAUGAUGAUAUUAGCAAGAGAUACCCACGGGCUGUUUCACCAAGAAGACUGACGUUAAAUUUUAUUACAGGCAACAAAUUUAGAGACAGAAUGGAUAAGUUUUUACGAAUUAACUUCAGCAAAGGUUGCCCUCCUUUGUUUACAACAUUGAAAUCUUUGUACAGUUCUUCAGAAAAGGUUUCAGUAAUACAAGAACUUGCUAUUGGUUAUGAGAAUUCAUUGAAGGCCUGUGGCUUGUUUUGUACCGAUGAUAAUGAGGAGCGAGAGCCGCCAACAACGCUUCUCUGGGUUCGAUAUUUCCUAGCACAGCACUUUGAUAAGCUUGGUCAGUGGUCUGUUGCCUUAGACUUUAUCAACUCUGCCAUUGCAAGCACACCAACGUUAAUAGAGCUAUUCUAUAUGAAAGCCAAGAUUUAUAAGCAUAUAGGAAAUCUCAAGGAAGCUGCCAAGUGGAUGGAUGAAGCUCAGUCAUUGGACACUGCAGAUCGGUUCAUUAACUCCAAGUGUGCAAAAUACAUGCUCCGAGCCAAUAUGAUCCAAGAAGCAGAAGAGAUGUGUUCAAAGUUUACAAGGGAAGGAACACCUGCCAUGGAGAAUCUGAAUGAGAUGCAAUGCAUGUGGUUCCAGACGGAGUGUGCCAGUUCCUACCAGAGAAUGGGCAAAUAUGGGGAAGCACUGAAAAAAUGCCACGAAAUAGAAAGGCACUUCUUUGAAAUUACUGAUGAUCAGUUUGAUUUCCACACAUACUGUAUGAGGAAGAUGACCCUGCGAGCAUAUGUUGAUCUCCUGCGCUUGGAAGAUGUACUACGACAGCAUGUCUUCUAUUUCAAAGCUGCUCAGACUGCCAUAGGAAUCUAUCUAAAGCUUCAUGAAAACCCUUUAAUGAAUGAGAGCAAAGAGCAGGAAGUCAAUUCUGAAAACCUCUCAGCCAAGGAACUAAAAAAAGUUUUAAGUAAACAAAGGAGAGCUCAAAAGAAGGCUAAACUGGAAGAAGAGCGAAAACAUGCAGAGAGAGAGCGACAGCAGAAAAAUCAGAAGAAAAAGAGAGAUGAAGAGGAGGAGGAAACAAGUGGGCCAAAAGAAGAACUUGUUCCUGAAAAACUGGAAAGGGUUGAGAAUCCCUUAGAAGAAGCUAUCAAGUUUCUCACACCAUUGAAAAGCCUUGCAGCAAAUAACAUAUAUACACACCUACUGGCAUUUGAAAUUUAUUUUAGAAAAGGAAAAUUCCUUUUGAUGUUGCAGUCUGUGAAAAGGGCAUUUGCCAUUGAUAGCAAUAACCCCUGGCUACAUGAGUGUUUAAUACGGUUCUCAAAAUUAGUUUCAGAUCACAGCAAUCUCCCAGAAAUUGUAAAUAAAGUCCUCUUACAUGAAAUGAAGAGUAUCUUUACUAACAAGGAUCUGGAGAGCUUCAAUGAAGAGUUUCUCAGAAACAAUUCUACCUCCAUUCAGCAUUUGCUUUCAGGUGCGAAGAUGAUGUAUUAUCUUGACAAGUCAAGACAGGAGAAAGCAAUUGCCAUAGCUACAAAACUUGAAGACACUUUAACUGAUAGAAAUGUUCAGAGUCUGACAAAGGUCUUGGAGGCCCUGCUUGAUGGCAGUUUUGGAAGCUGUAAUACUCAGUAUGAGGAAUACCGGGCAGCCUGCCAUAAACUUUUCCCAUUUACACCUGCCUUUAUGUUAUCUGCAAAUGAGGAAGACUGUAGCACCGGACAGAUAAACCACACCGCCAUCAACCAUGAUGUACUCUGCAACGAACUCUAA